GAUGAUGAGUCCACCCUCCACCGUCGAGGUCAUCCGGUUUCCUUCUUUCUUGAUCCUUACUUCUGCUGUAUCACCAGACUCCCUGCAUCUGCUCUUCACGAAUCGCCUGUAUUGAUUUCUCCUUCUGGGGAUCUUCCCUCGGCAGUUCGUUAUCGAUCACCGAUCGCUAGGCUGACGUUCAGAAUUUAAAAAUAGCAGCGUCAUCUCAUCUCAUUGCCUUUGAUCUGUUCCUCGUUUCACAAGGCUGCCCUCCCACAACAGGAAAUAGAAAGGAUUGAUUAUCAAUCCUAAUUCUACUGCUAACUCACUGAGUUCUGAUCCUGCUACAUCUUCAGAGGUAAUCUCUGGUCUUUGGGCCAUGGACUCAGGUACCGUCACUGUGCGCCGUCGCGACACGACAAAGGGCCCUCCGCUGAGGAUCCUGUCUCUUGAUGGAGGGGGCGUUCGAGGUUACUCAAUGCUUGUUAUCAUCCAGGAACUCAUGUACCGCAUCUACGUCGAAUGUGAAGGCAAAGCUCCGCGUCGCGAUCAAAUCCCCAAACCAUGCGAUCAUUUCGACCUGAUCGUCGGCUCUGGCACCGGCGGACUAAUCGCUCUCAUGCUGGGUCGUUUACGCCUCGAUCUUGAGACUUGCAAGGACGUCUACGUGCGCAUGACCAGAAGGGUGUUCGAGACCGAUAAGACCUUUGCCGGUAUCCCUUACCGCCACACGUUAUUCAAGGCCUCCAAGCUCGAAGAGGCGAUCCGAGAAUGCGUUCGGGAACACACGAUUUUUGAAUCCGAAGGCAACGACAUGUCCGACUCCGCCGCGCGCGAUUCCCUUUCCACUCCCAUGUUCAGCCCCGCCUCAGCCCCUCAUCGCUCUCUCAGCCGCAGUAGCGCCAGCAGCCGUGGGUUGUCAAGCCCUUCAACACCGAUCGGUCAUAGGAGUUCAUUGUUUGUGAAUGGUCUGCGUUGGGGAAACCCGGAUACUCUUCUUUACGAUAGCCGGGAGUACCGGACAAAGACGUGAGUGCCGGUUAAAGGUUGGAACUCUAUGACCACAAUUGAGGCUAACUCGGCUACCAGUGCUGUCACAGCUGUAUACAAAGGCACAACACGACCGGGCUUGGAUAUCCUCUUGCGAUCAUAUGACUCUCGAAAGGAACCCCCUCCCGAGUUCAAUUGUACUAUCUGGCAAGCCGGCCGGGCCACAUGCGCCACAGGCCUUGCAUUCAAACCGAUUCAGAUUGGUCAGCACUUCUUCACGGAUGAGGGCCCAGGUACAUUUAAUCCCUCCCCGCUGGUCCUGGAUGAGGCGACCGUCAACGAGUGGCCGGGAAGAGAAGUUGGCGUCUUCGUCAGCAUAGGCACUGGCAAGCGACCGCCUGGCACCAACCACCGGCAGCAUGAGUGGUGGGAGAGUUUUUUCGGAGAUUCCCUGGGUAUAUUCGCGGAAGCACGACGGCGUUUAAUUUCCAAGAUUGAGAAUUGCGAAAACGUCCACCAGGAUAUGCUGCGGGAGCAUCUGGCCAAGCGGAAUGUGAGCCAGGACAAUUACUUCCGUCUGAAUGUGGAAGUUGGCGUGGGUGAGUUUGGCAUGAACGAGUGGAGCCGGCUAGCGGACAUCAGCACCAGCACCCGUCGUUAUCUCUCAAGGCCAGAGGUGAAGAAGAGUAUCUUGAGCGCAGGCGUCAAGUUUGCCAAGAUUGAACGGAUGCACCGUCGACUGGCGGCCCGUGGGAAUGUUGGAGGAGUCAGCACCACCUCGGACAACGAGGAAGAUAUCGUGCUGUCUCCACAAGCGCCUUCAUUCUCGGUACCUCCCCCAUCCAACCCUAUUGCCAUCGAGCUGCCUGCGGAGGUUCCCAUGGAGUAUGUGCAAGCACCAGCGCACCCACUCUCGCCGUCUCCUCAUUCUUCGCAUGCGCCAUUGUCACCAACCAGCAAUGUCCUCUCUACGCAUCCCACAUCCCAGGAGACCACAUACAUUCCGGGACGCUAUUCGGCAAGCGAUGUCUCGAACUACCCUGUCGGUGGUCAUGGUUCUCCACGCCACAGUGCUGAUGCAUUCAUCAAUGCUGGUCCACCCCCAGUACCGCCCAAGACGCCUAUUCCUUAUCCAGAAGAUCCAGACGAUGUCGCGAGAGUUGCGCUUCCUGUGGUGCCGCUCCCCGAGAUCCAUCCUCUUAACAUUACGAAAGAGAAAGUUACGCCGCCGUACCCUGUGGACGAGCCACCUCCAGUAGUCAACCGGCAGCGAAAACCCAGUUAUCAUGUGCGAUGAUUUGAUGAGAAUGAUUUUUUUUCUUUUGACGCUGAUGUUUCCCAUGUCCCUUCCCAUUUAUUUUAUUUUUUUAAUUUUUUUCCCGCGAAAUCUUUUAGUAAUCCCUGUUUUUCCUUACAACCGUGACACGUUCUGGGAUAUUGGGAGGAGUUCUCAGAUAUAGGUCAGGUCUAUGGAGCGGGUCGUUUUCGAUUCUACUAGGGGUGUUCUUGGCCAGGAUUGGGUUGAUUUAUUGUGAUACCAGGAAUGCAAAAGGGAUGCGCAUAGAUAGGCCUACUUGUACCUGUUUAUUAUUAUGCCUGAUAGCAUGUUUGUAAUGUUCGUACAUACUGCGUAUGAUGAUGUAUGUAUUAUGUAUUACCCUGAGGUAUCAUACAUACCAUACAUGCCAUGCCUUCUGCCCAGAGCUCGAAUAAUCAUUAGAUACAGCAGGUUUAACAAAGUUGGCAAC